AUGGCCAAGGACAUCCUCAGUGAAGCGGGGCUGCACUUUGAUGAGCUGGACAAGCUGCACAUGUUGGACCCUGAGGUUACCCAGCAGACCAUAGAACUCAAGGACGAGUACAAGGACUCUGUGGGAAAAAUUGGCCAGUUUCAGAAAAUAGUUGCUGGUUUACUUGAGCUUGUUGACCAACUUGCAAAAGAAGCAAAAAAUGAGAAGAUGAAGGCCAUUGGUGCUCAGAACUUGCCCAAAUCUAUAGCAAAACAGAGAGAAGCCCGACAGCAGCAACUGCAAGCGCUGAUAGCAGAAAAGAAAAUGCAGCUUGAAAGGUAUCAGGUUGAAUAGGAAGCUUUGUGUAAAGUAGAAGCAGAACAAAAUGAAUUUAUUGACCAAUUUAUUUUUCAGAAAUGAACUGAAA